AUGAAUAAAGAUGUUGAGUUGCAGGCGGUUGCAGAAAGUUUAAUAAGCGAUUGCCAAUUGAUGUUCAUAGAAUUGGGUUUCAAGUAUCCAUCCCUUUCGAGUUUAUGCUCUGGAAUAUCAAGUGUUGGAAGUUUGCAAGAUAAUUUUGGGGAUUCUUCUGACUUUCCUUCAAAUAUCUUAGAGAUUUAUGUGGUUAAAGUUGAGGAAAAACAUCAUUUAGCAGAGUUGGGAUUUGACUGA